AUGGCCGGCGGCCUCGGUGUGCUGGGCGACCUCUAUAAGCAACAGGUCUAUGAGCUGGCAAAAUAUAUUAAUCGUGAGCAGGAGAUCAUCCCGGUCAAUAUCCUGGAGAAAGCACCGAGCGCGGAGUUGCGUCCCGGCCAGAAAGACUCGGACAGCCUGCCGCCCUACCCCGUACUGGAUGCGAUCCUCUAUCAAUACAUUGAACGCAGACAGGGGCCUGCCGAGAUCAUUGCGAUGGGCUAUGAGGAAACGUUGGUAAAACGGAUCCUUAAGAUGGUGAAUAAUAAUGAGUAUAAGAGAAAUCAGUUCUGCCCUAUUAUCCGCGUAUCGCCCAAAGCUUUUGGCGUAGGAAGACGCGUGCCGAUUGUUGGUAAAUACUUAGUAUCCGGCCUGUACAUUACCGGUGCUGAAUGCGGGGAUCUCGCCCGUUUCAUCGGUAUUAAAAUAACGCAGCCCGGUAUAGGGUAUCAUGAAGCGGCUGUGCACGACCAGGGCAGACAGACAGCAAUACAAGCCACACAAUACAAAACGCGCGCAUGA